AUGCCAGCUCUACCAUUCCUUCAAAAGAUGAAGCGGGAGAAACUUGACAAAUGUUUUGGGUGGUUCUUGGAUAUGCUCAAGAAACUUUAUGUGAACAUUCCCUUCACAGAGGUACUCACUCAGAUGCCUGCUUAUGCAAAGUUCUUGAAGGAAAUCCUGUCUAGCAAGAGAAAAUUAGAGGAGACAACAGUGGUGAAGCUGAAUGCCCACUGCAGUGCCAUAUUGCAAAAAAGAAUUCUCCAAAAGUGUGGGGAUCCAAGAAGCUUCACCAUACCAUGCUUGUUGGUGAGUGAGAAAUUCGACAAGGCCCUCUACGGUUCUGGUGCGUCUAUAAAUCUAAUGCCUCUGUCUGUAUUCCGGAAGCUGGAAGGUGCGCUUGGAGUGAUAAAAUCAAUACCAGCGUCCCUACAACUGGCUGACCAGACCACCAUUUUACCUGAGGGAAUCAUUGAGGAUAUUCUAGUGCGGGUGGACAAAUUUGUGUUCCUCGUAGACUUUAUUUUGGUGGAUAUGGAGGUGAACAAGGAGGCGCCUCUAAUUCUAUGGAGGCCAUUUUUAUGUACAGGUAGAUCUAUCCUUGAUAUAUGUGACGGGCAGCUUAUGCUCAGAGUGGUAAAUGAAAAAGUGGUGUUCCAGAUGAAGAGGAUGAUGAAAUACCCCACUGAUGAGGCAUCCGCCUACUUGUGUUUCAAGCUAGAUGUUGUUGGGGAAUUGACUGAAAAAUACAAGUUUGGCAAGCUUGUGGGGGAUACUCUAGAGAGGUGUAUUACUCAGUCUAGUACAGCGGAGGAUGAAGAUCCUGAGAUAAAGAAAGAGGCUGAAGCCCUUGAAACUGAGAAUCAAGUGGUUGAUGAGGAGAAACUUAAAGAGGAGGCUUCUAAGCCUAAUGUGGAAUUGAAAGUCCUCCCCACUCACUUGAAAUAUGCUUUCCUUGAAACUAACAAUUUUCCUAUGAUUAUUUCUGCUACUUGA